GAGGUCCUUCAGCAGCUGAUUGUAAUGAAUUUACCAAGUGUUUUGAUGAUUGGCAAAGAUCCUCUUUCUGGUAAAAGUAUGGAUGAAAUUAAGAAGCUGCUGUUAUUGGUUCUGGGAUGUGCUGUGCAGUGUGAAAGAAAAGAAGAGUUUAUUGGAAGAAUAAAACAACUCGAUAUCGAAACCCAAGCUGCCAUUGUGUCACACAUUCAGGAGGUGACUCACAACCAGGAGAAUGUCUUUGACUUGCAGUGGCUGGAGCUCCCAGAUAUGGCCCCAGAAGAACUGGAGUCUCUCUCCAGGAAUAUGGUUUUCCACCUCAAGAGGCUCAUUGAUGAGAGAGAUGAAUGCACAGAAGUCAUUGUAGAUCUCACUCAAGAGAGGGAUUAUCUGCAGUCUCAGCAACCCCCAAGUCCUCUGAAAGCACCAAGUCUGGAUUCUUCACCGAACCCAGCCAACCCUCUUUCUAAUGAAGACAAGCAGCACCUUGCAGUUGAGCUGGCAGACACGAAGGCGAAGUUGAGAAGAAUCCGGCAGGAGCUGGAAGAGAAGUCUGAGCAGCUUGUAGAUUCUAAACAUGAAGUUGAGCAGCUCACCCUAGAGCUGCAAAAAAUAAAACAAGAGAAUAUCCACCUGGCCUCAGACGCUCGCUCUGCCCGAGCAUACAGAGAUGAGCUCGACUCGCUGAGAGAGAGGGCAAACCGCGUAGAGAGGCUUGAGGUGGAGCUUGUUCGGUGCAAAGAGAAACUUCAUGAUGUGGAUUUUUACAAAGCUCGCAUGGAG